ACCGGUUGCUGAUAAAAUACCGCCUCCGGUUUUAUUACUCGGAGUUAGCAAAACUAGCAAAACCUUAAACAGACUUUACCUUCAGACCGAGGCAACCAAACUAUCAGGGACCGCACUGUGGGCAGCCGUGUAGUAGUUUUAUCGCGUCGCGCUGUGUCUACAGUGUUGACAGGGCACUGGAGGUCACUUCCUGAUUUACUGACUGUCGGCAAUAUGCCUUAACAGUUUCCAAACGCUCUGCCUCACUUUAAAUCCCCGCGUUUUACGUGCCCGGACGUUUUCUGUGAAAACGGCAAUAGUUUUUGACUUUGUUUUGAAGCCGAGCAGAGCUUCAUUCAGUCGUACGGCAGGUGAAUUUAUCGAUUCGCAUGUUUUUCUGGCAUGUUCACAUCGGUGAGGAUGUUUUAAAAUGGCGGUGUCAGCGUCACAACAGUGAAGGUGAGGAAGUGAUGGACGCACACACGUCUCUCCACCUGCAGCAGGAACAUGGCAGAAGCAGAGCACUCGACCUAUGAAAGCAACAUCAACUCUCACAACAACGAUGGUCCUGAGGUCUCAUCGUUUAGCAACUCUUCCAUCAACCAGUGUUUGCCGAUUUCCUCCAAGCCUCUCACUCAAAACCAUGUCAACCAUCACGUGCCCUCAGACUCUCAGCCGCCAAAUGUUUCCCUCAGCUGCAAAUCAUUUACUUCCUUUAACGGUACAUGUGAAGAGGAUCGAAGUAGCUUGGCCUCUCAAGACUCUGGUAUUCCCACCCUUGAGAUCAACCCACCUGAGCACAUUCAUGCUCGAGUCACCACUGCUGAGCAGGUGGUGCCACCUCCACAUGAUGAUAAUCCAGCAACAUUAAACUUGGAUAUCUCAGAUGGUUCCUUACUCAAGUCUUCCACCUUCCCCCGUUGUGACUUUGAUUUGGUACGUCACUAUGGUCAAAGUGGGCUCUCAAGCGCAGCUGGCAAGGGUACUUUGAACCGUAGUGAUGAUAUUUCGGUGUGCAGUGUGUCCAGUUUAAGUACUGAGUUUUCGACCACAUUAUCAGUCAGUAAUGAGGACUUCCUUGACUUCAUGGUUACAUCUGAGUCCAGCGCUGUUGUUACAUUUGAGAAUGAAGAUGUCUUGCAUCGGUUUGACAGUUCACUCUCUGCACCUAUUGACCUUUAUGGCAAGUUGAACAACCCUCAGCGACAGUCUGUGGGGGUCUCUGCAGCACACGAGGCUCUUCCAAAGAGACUGGGUCCACUUGCCAGCUUUUUCAACAGGGGUCUUUUUGCUAAGAGGAUGAAGGACACUGGUGCACUAGAAGGGCAGAGAGAGCCUGGGUGGAAGCUGUUUGGUAAAGUUCCACAUAAAGAUCUUCCAACCAAAGACUCCAGGAAACUACAAAAGGAAUAUGAAAGAAGGAGUGGACACACAAGCAAUUCCACAUCUCCCAAAAAGAAUGUAAGAAAGAACCUGGACUUUGAGCCUCUUUCAACCACAGCGCUUAUACUUGAGAAUCGUCCAGCGAAUCUUCCUGCAAAGCCUGAGGAAGAAGCCCAAAAACACAGACAACAAUAUGAGGAGAUGGUGGCUCAAGCCAAGAAAAGAGAGCUGAAAGAGGCCCAGAAACGGAAGAAACAGCUGGAGGACCGGUGUAAACUAGAGGAAAGCAUUGGCAAUGCUGCUCUCACCUGGAGUCAGGAGAUAUUACCCAACUGGCAAAGCAUGUGUUCAUCGAAGCGGGUGAGGGAUUUAUGGUGGCUGGGUUUGCCACCCAGUGUGAGGGGUAAAGUCUGGAGUCUGGCGAUAGGAAAUGAAUUGAACAUCACAGAUGAGCUGUAUGACAUAUGUUUGGCAAGAGCAAAGGAGAAGUGGAAUGCCUUUGUAGCCCCAACGGCUGCUGCGGAAACUGAAAGUGAAGAUGCAGGGUUGUCUCAUGCUGAUCGAGAGGCCAGUCUAGAACUCAUCAAGUUAGACAUUUCCAGAACAUUUCCCAAUCUCUGUAUAUUCCAAGAGGGGGGCCCAUACCAUGAUGUAUUGCACAGCAUUCUGGGAGCUUACACUUGCUAUCGUCCUGAUGUGGGUUAUGUGCAGGGAAUGUCCUUUAUAGCAGCGGUGUUGAUCCUCAACCUGGACACUGCUGAUGCCUUCAUUGCAUUCGCCAAUUUGUUGAACAAGCCUUGUCAAAUGGCUUUCUAUAGAGUGGACCACAGCCUUAUGUUGACAUACUUUGCGGCAUUUGAAGUGUUCUUUGAAGAAAAUCUACCAAAGCUUUUUGCACAUUUUAAAAACAACAAUCUGUCCUCUGAUAUUUAUUUAAUCGACUGGAUCUUCACCUUGUACAGCAAAUCUCUCCCUCUGGACAUUGCGUGUCGUGUGUGGGACGUGUUCUGUCGGGACGGUGAGGAGUUUCUCUUCCGCACUGCACUGGGUAUAUUGCGGCUUUAUGAGGACAUCCUCACACACAUGGACUUCAUCCACAUCGCUCAGUUCCUGACGCGUCUGCCGGACUACAUCUCUGCUGAGGAGAUCUUCUCUAGCAUUACCACCAUCAACAUGAACAGCAAGAACAAGAAAUGGCCACAGGUUCUUCAGGCUUUGCAGAAAGGACAAGAUCGGGGCAGUCCACUACUGAAACGCUAAGGAUGCUUCCUCAUGUCCUCUCUUCCAGCACAGACUAAGAGACAAACUCAUGUUGACAGUGAGCACUUCCUGCAGACCUCUGGACCACAUCAGAGACCCACUGUACACGUCCUCUUCCUUGCAGACUGAAAGCAACACAUCCUGUGAAUGUACACUCCAACUCUCAAUUCAAUGUGGCGAUGUAAGUUUGUGAAGCUCUGAACUAUUCCACGUCUCUAUCCUCCUCAACUUUUCUCUUCUGCUUCAUCCCUUUUGUCUUAUAAAUGUGACUUUCCAUCGAAGAGAAAUAAAAUAAUGUAUGUUUUGC